AUGGCCAACAAGGACAAAGAUAUGCCAGAAUUAAAUGAUUCUGGAAGUCCAGAAUUGGCCUCUUUGAAACAACAAAGGGCCACAAUGAAAAGAAAUAUUACUUGUUUAGAAAAGAAAAUCGAUAAGGAUGGAGAUACUGCUGAUACAACAAUUUUGCAAUGUCGGCUCGAAAUAUUAGAGUCCUACUUCAAACAGAUUUCCCAUAUUCAAGGGCAAAUUGAAAAAAUAAGUCCUUCCGAUGUCACUAGGAGUGACUUAGAAGAAAUAUAUAUUGCAGCCAAGGCAAAAUUGUUGUCCAUCUUAAACAAAACUCGUAGUUCGACUUCAAUGGAACAAAGUUUCUUCAACACUUCGAUCGAACUUUCCAAUCAAACUCGUUUGUCCUCGUUAAAAUUGCCUCGCUUCGAUGGAAAGUACACAGAUUAUAAACGAUUUAUCACUACCUUUAAUAAUAUGGUUCAUGAUAAUUCGUCGAUUACACCAGUAGAUAAAUUCAAUUAUCUGUUAAAUUGUCUUUCUGGUCCAGCCCUAUCAGUUGUGGAACCUUUCCAAGUGACUGAUGAGAAUUACCCGAAGGCCCUUGAUAGGUUGAGGGAGCGGUACGACAACAAAGUACUAAUUUUCUUGGAACACAUUACAACACUUUUCAACAUUCCUGAAAUGUCCAAAGGCGAUAGUGUUUCAUUACGUUAUAUCAUAGAUACCGUUUCUGCAAUUCGUGGUUCACUAUUAUCGCUUGGAUCGGAAUUAGACAUUAUGAAUGCUAUUAUAAUUCAUAUUGUUUUAUCGAAGCUGGAUGAUAGUUCUAAACAGAAUUACGAUGAAAAACUAGAUUUUAGAUCAUUGCCCUCAUGGGACACCUGUUAUGACAUCUUGAGUCAUCGAUGUCAAUUUUUGGAAAGUCAUGGAAAGAAAAGUGAACAAAAAAGUAGUUCUAGUGGCACAAAUAAUUUAAUUUCUAGUCGUUGUAGGGUUUGUCAGUCCGCUCAUCAUACUUCGUUACAUAUUUUCGUUCAACCGGAAUCAGCACCAGUUAAUCCAGCUCCUCCUGAAACAUCUACAAAUAAUGCAACAUCGUUAGUAGCUCGUUCGUUCAAAAGAGCCAUAAUACCAACUGCGGUGGUUCUUAUCAAAGAUAGUUUCGGUUGUUCUCAACCUGUAAGAGUUCUUCUGGAUUCCUGUUCUGAAAUUAACUUCAUUACAGAAGAAACUGCCAAGAAACUUAAACUACGUUUUCUACCAAAUUGUCAAGAUGUUUCUGGAAUAAGUGAAAUUCAAACAAAAAUAAGAUAUUCUGUUGCUGCUACCAUAAAAUCCCAAAUUGGCACAUUUCAGUGGUCAUCAACAUUUGCUGUAACGAAAUCUAUAUCAGCCCAACAGCCUGGUGAAAAAAUAGAUACAACAAGGUUCACAAUUCCAGAAACCAUACAACUUGCAGACCCGCUUUUCUAUAAGCCCCAACGCAUUGAUUUGUUAAUUAGUACGGAAAUAUUUUUCGAUUUGUUGCUCGAAGGACGCAUUUCGUUAGGACAUGGCAUGCCUUGCCUUGUUAAUACAGUUUUUGGAUGGAUUGUUGGUGGAAAAUUCAACGAUCAAAAAAAUCCCUCGACCCUUACAUUUGAGGAAUAUGUAAGUGGUCCUCAAACAUUUACCAAUGAGGAACAAGCGUGUGAGAAACAUUUCACCGAAAAUGUCCAAAUUAACUCGGACCGAAGAAUUCAAGUUCGGUUACCAUUUAAACAAAAUCCUAAUUGUUUAGGUGAGUCUUUCGAAAUUAGUAAACGAAGAUUUUUGUCGCUCGAACGUAAAUUGGAACGUGAUCCCACUUUAAAAUCUAUGUAUGUCGAUUUUGUGAACGAAUAUUUGGCACUUGGUCAUAUGUCGCUCUAUAAUCGUCCUCUUUCGCAUCCACAUUACAUAAUACCUCAUCAUUGUGUUCUCAAGCCUGAGAGUACAACAACAAAGCUUCGUGUCGUUUUCGAUGGGUCAGCUCGCACAACUUCGAAUCAUUCCUUGAAUGAUAUACUCAUGGUUGGCCCAACUAUACAACAAGAUUUAGUUACCACACUCUUUUCGUUUCGUUUGAAUAGAUUUGCUCUCACUGCAGACAUAUCUAAAAUGUACCGCCAAUUUUUAGUCGAUGAACGUGAUCGUAAAUUUCAAUUGGUUCUUUGGAGAUCCAAUUCAAAAGACAAACUAUGCGUGUUUCAACUAAACACCGUUACGUAUGGGCUCUCAGCAGCACCGUUUUUGGCUAUUCGAAGUUUGUUUAUUAUCGCCGAUCAGCACAGUUCAACUUUUCCCAUUGGUUCAAAGCUCGCAAAGUGGAAUAGCAAUUGUCCAGACUUCGUAACCAACAACGACGAAGAAGUUGCCAUUAAAACCACUGAAGAAAAUAUUACAAAAACACUUGGAAUGUCCUGGAAUCCUACUCAGGAUAUAUUUUUGUUUCGCUUUAACUUGUCCGAUGUAAGUAAUCCCACAAAACGUUCAAUUUUAUCGAUAGUAGCAAAAAUUUUCGAUUUGCUUGGUCUCUUGAGCCCUAUUGUAGUUCGUUGUAAAAUGCUGGUCCAAGAGAUGUGGGUCCAGAAUAUUGGUUGGGAUGAUCCCCUCAACAAUAGUUUGACAUUGAUGUGGCUCCAAAUUAAAGCAGAUUUGGAACAUAUUCAUGAAAUCACAAUACCUCGAUAUGUUUUUACUUCGGAAAACAUACUCGGCGAAAUACAUGGCUUCGCCGACGCUUCGCAACGCGCAUUUGGAUGCUGUAUUUACUAUCGCGUCUUAGAAAAUGGUUCUUAUAAAACUACUUUGUUAAUCGCCAAAUCGAAGGUGGCUCCAAUAAAAGCACAGUCUUUACCUCGUCUCGAACUAUGCGCACAACCUAAUUUUUCCAAUACCUUAUAG